CUACGGGGGGAGGGGGGAGGGACCGCUCUGUCCGCGCCCCAACGCCGGCCGCGGCUUUGAAGGGUCUUCCUCCUGGCCCUUAGCAGCUCCGCCGCGGACUCCGGGAGGCUGCGGGCGGCGUCCUGGGGCUCCCUUAUCGACCUGAUCGGACUUAAGGUGAUCGCUCCGCUUUCCCACUCCCCCUUCCCGCCCCGUUUCCCCGGCUUAACUUUUUGUCUCUCUUCACCCGCGGCUCGGUCCUCUCCCUGCAAAUCCACCCUCAGCUGCGCCAACUGCCCGGGGCAUGGGCCCCCCAACACGGCUUCUGGAGGCCCCGCGGCCUCGAAAGAUGUGAGAGGCCCGCCCCGGGCACAUCCAAAGCUUCGCGAGAGGAGCUGGUAGCCCCCGGCCGCCCCACGCCUGGCGGGGUGGCGGAGCGCUCUGCGCCCCCUCGGUGCUGCUGAGCGUCCCGGAGCGCCCAAUCCGAGGCUGGAAGGAGUCGCUGGCCGGAGGCGCGCCGCGGAGAGCAAGCUGUCAUGCCCUAUUGAUCCCCCCCUGCCCCCCGCCAAGAAUGUUUGGGCUGGACCAAUUCGAGCCCCAGAUCAACAGCAGGAACGCUGGCCAGGGCGAGAGGAACUUUGAGACCGGACUGAGCAUGAAUGCCCACUUUAAGGCCCCUGCUUUCCACACAGGGGGGCCCCCUGGCCCCGUGGACCCUGCCAUGAGUGCUCUGGGCGAGCCCCCGAUCUUGGGCAUGAACAUGGAGCCAUACGGCUUCCACGCGCGGGGCCACUCGGAGUUGCACGCAGGGGGGCUGCAGGCGCAGCCUGUGCAUGGCUUCUUUGGCGGCCAGCAGCCUCACCAUGGCCACCCGGGAGGCCACCACCCCCACCAGCAUCACCCCCACUUCGGGGGCAACUUCGGUGGCCCGGACCCUGGGGCCUCUUGUCUGCACGGGGGUCGCCUGCUUGGCUACGGCGGCACUGCCUCGGGCUUGGGCAGCCAGCCGCCCUUUGCGGAGGGUUAUGAGCACAUGGCGGAGAGCCAGGGGCCAGAGAGCUUCGGCCCGCAGCGACCAGGAAACCUCCCGGACUUCCACAGUUCGGGCGCCUCGGGCCACGCCGUACCCGCCCCGUGCCUGCCGCUGGACCAGAGCCCUAACCGGGCUGCCUCUUUCCACGGCCUGCCCGCCUCCAGCGGCUCCGAUUCUCACAGUCUCGAGCCCCGGAGGGUGACGAACCAAGGAGCCGUCGACUCGCUGGAAUACAAUUACUCGGGCGAGGCGCCCUCGGGACAUUUUGACAUGUUUUCACCCUCUGACUCAGAGGGGCAGUUGCCUCAUUAUGCGACGGGUCGUCAGGUUCCCGGGGGCACUUUCCCGGGUGCCCCGGCCAUGCCCAGAGCUGCGGGCAUGGUGGGCUUGGCCAAAAUGCACGCCCAGCCUCCGCAGCAGCCGCCUCCGCAGCCCCAGCAGCCGCAACAGCAGCACGGCGUGUUCUUCGAGAGGUUCGGUGGGGCCCGAAAGAUGCCCGUGGGUCUGGAGCCCGGGGUGGGCUCCAGGCACCCGCUAAUGCAGCCUCCCCAGCAGGCCCCAGCACCCCCUCCGCAGCAGCCCCCGCAGCAACCUCCCCAACAGCAGCCGCCACCACCUCCCGGGCUUCUAGUCCGACAAAAUUCGUGCCCGCCUGCGCACCCGCGGGCGCAGCAGGGUGAGGCGGGCACACCCAGUGGAGGCUUGCAGGACGGGGGCCCCAUGCUGCCCAGCCAGCACGCGCAGUUCGAGUACCCCAUCCACCGGCUGGAGAACCGGAGCAUGCAUCCUUUCUCUGAGCCUGUUUUCAACAUGCAGCAUCCCCCUCCGCAGCAGGCGCCCAACCAGCGGCUGCAGCAUUUCGACGCGCCCCCCUACAUGAACGUGGCCAAGAGGCCGCGCUUCGACUUCCCGGGCAGCGCGGGAGUGGACCGCUGCGCUUCUUCGUGGAAUGGCACCAUGCACAACGGGGCUCUGGACAACCACCUCUCGCCCUCUGCCUACCCGGGCCUACCCGGCGAGUUUACGCCGCCCGUACCCGACAGCUUCCCCUCAGGACCUUCCUUGCAGCACCCGACCCCGGACCACCAGUCCCUGCAGCAGCAACAGCAGCAGCAGCAGCAGCAGCAACAGCAGCAGCAGCAGCAACAGCAACAGCAGCAGCAGCAGCAACAACAGCAACAGCAGCAGCAGCAGCAGCAGCAGCAGCAGCGCCAAAACGCAGCUCUCAUGAUUAAACAGAUGGCGUCGCGGAGUCAGCAACAGCGGCUGCGCCAGCCCAGCCUGGCCCAGUUGGGCCACCCAGGGGACGUGGGCCAGGGUAGUCUGCCUGACUUCCAGCCCAGCCAGCGCACCUCCGCCAGUAAGCUGGGCGCGCUCUCCUUGGGCUCCUUCAACAAGCCCAGCUCCAAGGACAACCUGUUUGGCCAGAGCUGCCUGGCCGCGCUCUCCACUGCUUGCCAGAACAUGAUCGCCAGCCUGGGGGCCCCCAACCUCAACGUGACCUUCAAUAAGAAGAACCCGCCCGAGGGCAAGAGGAAACUGAGCCAGAACGAUACCGACGGUGGGGGCGCGGCAGUGGCCGGCAACCCGGGCUCGGAUUACUUCCCUGGGGGGCCUGCUCCUGGGGCCCCAGGACCCGGAGGCCUGUCGGGGACCAGCAGCAAUGGCUCCAAAGCCUCAGGUCCUUCAAACCCGCCCAGCCAGGGGGAUGGCACCAGCCUCUCCCCCAACUACACCCUAGAGUCCACGUCGGGGAACGACGGCAAGCCGGUCCCCGGGGGCGGUGGCCGGGGCCGGGGUCGCAGAAAAAGGGACAGUGGUCACGUGAGCCCUGGGACCUUCUUCGACAAGUACUCGGUGGCUCCCGACAGCGGGGGCGCGCCUGGGGUCGAGGCUCGCGGGGCGCCCACGCCCCACGAGAAGGCCCUCACGUCGCCGUCGUGGGCGAAGGGGGCGGAGUUGCUCCUGGGGGACCAGCAGGACCUCAUGGCCUCCCUGGACGGUGGGGCCAAGUCGAACGGUAGUUCGCCCCACGUGGGUGAGUUCACCUCCGACGAGGUGAGCACGAGCUACACCAAUGAGGACGAAGUGUCGUCCAGCUCCGACAACCCCCCGGCCCUGGCCAAAGCCAGCAGGAGCCCCCUGGUCACUGGCUCACCCAAACUCCCUCCUCGAGGGGUGGGCACCGGGGAACACGGACCGAAGGCGCCUCCGCCCCCGCUUGGCCUGGGCAUCUUGUCUACCUCUACCUCGACCCCUGACAGCUACGGCGGGGGCGGGGGCGCCGGCCAUCCGGGCACCCCGGGCCUGGAGCAGGUCCGGACCCCCACGAGCAGCGGUGGUGCGCAGCCCCCCGACGAGAUCCACCCUCUGGAGAUCCUCCAGGCGCAGAUCCAGCUUCAGAGGCAGCAGUUCAGCAUCUCUGAGGACCAGCCCCUGGGGCUCAAGGGUGGCCAGAAGGGGGAAUGCCCAGUCGGGGCCUCGGGCACGCAGAAUGGCGACAGUGAGCUGGGGAGCUGCUGCUCCGAGGCGGCCAAGAGCGCCAUGAGCACCAUCGACCUGGACUCGCUGAUGGCCGAGCACAGUGCCACCUGGUACAUGCCGGCUGACAAGGCCCUGGGGGAUGGCACAGACGACGACAAGACUCUGGCACCUUGGGAGAAGGGCAAACCCCAGAACCCCAACGGCAAAGAAGCCCACGACCUCCCGGCCAGCAAGGCCUCGGCCACCCAGCCCGGCAGUCACUUGCAGUGCCUGUCCGUCCACUGCACCGAUGACGUGGGCGACACCAAGGCCCGCGCCUCAGUGCCUGCCUGGCGGUCCCUGCACUCCGACAUCUCCAACAGAUUCGGCAUUCCAGCCUUGGCUUCUGCCCAUGAGCUCUCAGUGGCACCCCCACCCCACUGUGACGACCAGAAACGUCUGCAGCGGCUCUCAGUGUCCCCCGGGGGACAAGACCUCCCAGGGCAAGAGCCUCUGGUGCCUGAGAGGCGUGCAGAACAGCGGCCGCUCCCCGGGCUCCGGCACACAGCUUUUGAGGCACAUGUGGAAAGCCGUUCCCACAGCCGCUCUGACGUGGGCCCGAGCCCCCCUGGAGAGAUGGCUGCAGUGGCUCGCUUCUCAGGGGCAGGCAGUGGCCCCGUCUGA